AUGAAGACAAAUAUCACGUACUCUCUCAUCAAGACAGGAGUCCUCUUAGCUUUUGUUUCUAUGUUCCCUUGCAAAUGGAUGAUCCCUGCAGCAAUAUUUGUUACUCUCAUUUAUUAGUAUGUCAUAGCAAUUAUAUUUGGCAUGAGGGUCAUGCCCAGUAUGGACGUUGCAUGUUUUUACACCAUUGACAAAGCAACCGUAAACUUUAUGUCCUGUACAUUAAUUGAAGGCUAUGAGGUCUCUAAGAUGAGAGCUACUUUCCUAAAACAUAUGAAGCUUAAGUAUAAAUUUAGAUCAGGCAUUUAUGAGCUUAUGAAUGAUUAUUAUUGGAAGGAGACAAACCCAGAUGAGACAAUAGAUGUUUGUGUAGUAAAAAUACCAAAGGAAUGCAAAACUUAAAAAGACUUAGAAGAAUUUUGUUAAAACGAGAUCAACAUACCUUUACCAUUCAACAAGCCCUAAUGGAGAUUAUAUUACCAAGAAAAAUAUUAGGAAAAAUAUACGUUAAUCAUUUGGAAAUAGCAUCAUUCAUUAUGCGAUGGAGUAUCUUGCAUUAGUCAUCAUUUAACUCAUGGCGGUAGUGACUUAUUAGACAUAAGUUCCCUCGUACCUAUAAAGCAUAUAUCAUUUAUGGAGAAAUUUUUAUUAAGAGUUUCAGUCCCAUUCUAAUUGAUUAAAUUUCUAGUUAAGAUGGCAAGUCUCAAAUAGGAUAAGCAUCUUUUGCAUGAUGGAAAAAGAUAGCUUUCAGGCAAAAAAUUAUGCGGUACUUCUAGUGAUUUGAGUUUCCAUGAUAUAAGAGCCGCAUCUAAAAAGCAAAAAUGCACUAUAAACGAUUUAGUUACCGCAUGCAUGGCCACUGCAAUGAAGUAAUAUUUGAUAAUGAAUGGAGAUAAGACAACUGAUAAGAUCAAUAUUGUUAUUCCAGCAAAUAUUAGGUUUGGUCACUAUAAAACAAUUAAAGAAUUGAAAUUUGAAAACAAAUUUGCUCCAGUCCCAUUAGUCAUACCUUUAGAUAGUGACAUCACCAAAUCUAUACCAAAAGUAAUUAAAGUUACAUCAUCUCUGAGAAAUUCCUUUGCUGAGAUCUAUGCUACCUAUGCAAUGUCAUUCUAUACAAGUAUGUUAGUUCCUUACUUUAUAUCUGACUGGUUCAUUGGUUAAUCAACAAAGCCUUAUACAAUGGCUUUUUCAAACACUCCAGGACUAUUAAAGCCUCUUGUAUCAGAUGGUAAGAAAUCCAUCAUGAUGUUCACUUACAUAAUUCCCUCUGGCUAUACUGGAAUGGCCUUAGGAGCAAUAUCAUAUGUUGACUUCUUUAAAAUCACUUUGACAGUUGAUGAUGCAAUCAUGAAGGAUCCAUAAGUCCUAAUAAACCUCUUAGAGGAAAAUAUCAAGAAAUGCUAUGAUACUGAGACGAAAAAUGGCAAUGAUUCUAAUAAUUCUUCCCCUAGUAAAAAUGAAGAUUGA